AUGACCUCGGGCUUACUCACAUCACCAGAGGUUAGCGGAAAAAGGCACAGGCACAUAACAUUCAGCUUUCUCUGGCCCUUGCUGUACUCUGGCUCCCCUGGGCACACCCAGCCAGAUCAGCAUCCAGCAGCCAAAGAGGAAGAGGCCACUCCUUACACACACUAUAGUGCAGUGUGGCAGGAAGUUGUCAUAUCACCUCUUGGCCAAUAA